GCACAUGCACGCGCGCCGUGGUCCUUUUAAGGGAGGUCUGAGCAGCUCAUUUCCACAGCUUCACGCAGAGAGUAAAGCUGUUCCAGAUGUCCCACCUGCCCCCCCCGUCGUGGAGACGGAGUGGAGCGCGCCUCCGUGCCGGCGGAUCGCGGGUCUGACUCUGGUCGCAGUAAAUGUUGUCUUUCAACUAUAUCCUAAACAUUAUUGGUAAAACUAUACGAACUAAGUGAGUACUGGAGAAGCCGUGGACGACGCAGAACCUCGUGUUCAUUUUUUUAUUUAUUCUUUAAUUAGCUCAUUUUUAAUCGUCGCCUCUUGGCAGCAGCGCGCGUAAAGAGCAUCUGACAGCAGCGAGUGUUCCUCUGAAGAAUGGAUGUUCUGGACAACAUGGGCGAGGAAUGGAUGGAGUUGGAGGCGUCGGCCAACAAAGGGGUCAUCAUAAACGUCAGCCUCGGCUCCGCCAACGACACCAACAUGACCUUUUUCCCCUAUUAUCAGCACUCCCUGUACGUGGCCGCCAGCUACAUCCUGGCCUACUUAUUCAUAUUCCUGCUGUGUAUGGUGGGCAACAUUGUGGUGUGUCUGAUUGUUUUGGAAAACCGUCGAAUGCGCACGGUCACCAAUCUCUUCAUCCUCAACCUGGCCAUCAGUGACCUACUGGUGGGCAUCUUCUGCAUCCCCACGACGCUGGUGGACAACCUCAUCACAGGUUGGCCCUUUUCCAACAUUGUGUGCAAGAUGAGCGGCUUUGUGCAGGGAAUGUCUGUUUCCGCCUCGGUCUUCACUCUUGUGGCCAUCGCUGUCGAAAGGUUCCGCUGCAUAGUGUUCCCUCUACACCCCAAGCCGAGCAUCCUCGUUGCCAAGGCCGCCAUCGUGUUGAUCUGGGUGCUGGCGAUCGGGAUCAUGUGUCCCGCGGCCGUGGCACUGACCGUGGACAGAGUCCCUUACCACAUCAUGGUGCACAACGGCGACUUCAACCAGACGUUCCCCCUGUACACCUGCUACGAAAACUUUGCCAACCCUCACAUGAGAAAAGUCUACACGGCGGUUCUGUUUGCUCACAUCUACCUGGUGCCGCUCACCGUCAUCACGCUGAUGUACGGCGGCAUCGGAGGCAAACUGUGCUCUUCCGUGGUGGCCAACAGAGAGCCGCAGCUGGCCGACGUUGCGGCCCAGGCGAGGCGCAGAAGGCCGGGUCAGCCAAUGAUCUCCCAGAAGAAGGUCAGGGUGAUAAAGAUGCUCAUCCUGGUGGCUUUGCUCUUCAUGCUGUCCUGGCUGCCGCUGUGGACUCUCAUGAUGAUGACUGACUACGCGGGCCUGGACAGGCAGCAGCUGGACCUUCUGACCAGCUACAUUUUCCCCUUCGCCCACUGGCUGGCUUUCUCCAACUCCAGCGUCAACCCCAUCAUUUACGGCUACUACAACGAGAACUUCAAGAGGGGCUUCCAGGCCGUGUGCAAGACCAGGCCGAUCUGUUGCCUCCCCCGGUGCGACCUGUGGAAGAGGAUGGCCAGGAGGGGCCGGAAAAAACGGUCCGGGCCGGCGCCUCGCGGGGGCGCCGACUUCAGGGAUGUCAUUAGCAACUACAACCAGCUCAUCAUGGGGCUGAGGAAUCGAGUCCACAACGUCAAUGUGUCCACAGAAACGGCCGAGAUAGACGGAAGCGGAAGGGCGGGCUGCGUGCUGGUCCAUUCGGAGGGAACUCUUUCGGAGCAAGGGUUAGAAAUGACGGUUGUGAAUAAGAAAGGUGGCAGUGGGGAGGAGUCCGAAAAGGUCAGUUCAAUGGCGGCCUCAGUGUGUCAAGCAUGGGACAACUAAGUGUUCACAAUACAAGCCAGAAACGAAUAAGCAAAGCCAUAGCAUGUUAGAUUGUGGCCUGAAGGAAGAGACUAUUGUGAGAUGUUUAAUGUGGUCACUGUUUAGAGGUGGUUACACGUUUCAGCCCCGGUUCCUCUGCCUAUCACGUACAGCACAGAUAAUCAGAUAAUGAUGAUCCCACUGGAGCGGGGGGUUAUUCUAGAUUUGUAACAUAUUCCAAAAUGAAGUUGCCUGCAUGUCAUACAUCUCAUUUGGUGUCAUGCUUAUUUGGUGAAUUGGUUCAGUCAUAUGCAAUUAGUGUUAAAAUGUCCAUAUUUUACUGUGACCAUAUUUUAUUUGUCCAUAUUUAUGGGGAAGACGUUGUACAUAAGAGACAUGUUGUGUCGUUGGAUUCACACUGUAAACCUAAAAUGAAAUACGAAACAACAUGAAACACAUUUGAAUACGGCGGAAAAAUAACGUACACCCAGGCGGGCUGUUGAAGGCAAACCAUUUUUUCUCACAUGACAUCCCAUCAUCACCCAUCCCAUUUCAGCGCCCUUUCAAUCGCAGGCCAGAGGCCACUGAUGAGUGACGCCCCGCUGGCGUCUUUAAAAGCCUCCGCCGACACAAGACCCACAUACUGAUUGAACGGCCUCGGACAUACCAUCACUUCUGGGCGGCGUGCGGCUGUGUGCAGCUCUCUCAGCGUGUUGCUUAUCACAUUCCUGUUUGUUCCUGCUGUCACACUGCGCCGCCUCAGCAGGGAGGGAACCACCGAGUCGCGCUGUGCGGCCGCGUGCUUCUGCAACAUUUGUUGUAAUUUCGUCCUAUUUUUUUUUUUUUACAUUAGUGUUGAAAUGAUUCAACCAAUAGACAAAUUGUCGGACGGACGGAGAAUAAACUGAUCACAACUCAGUGUUGUUCAGUUGUGAAAAAUUAUAACUAUUUGCGUUUCAUCGGGUAAAGCAAUUGUUUUUUGUACUUGCCAGUAUUAAGCUACUAACUUAAGUAUUUAUUAAGUUGAAUAAAGCACUGGGACUGUCCCUUAAUGACCUUUUAUAACUGUCACUCAUCACGUCAAACUUUACUGUGAGCUCAAGAGAUCCCAGGAAAUGUGCAUGUUCUUUCUCUCCUUAACAAGAAGGCCUAUUUAAAUAGGUAAUGCAUCACAGUAAAUGUCUUUUCUUAGAUUAUCUUCUCAGCUGAUACUCUGCACUACAACUAACCCAGACGAGAAGUGCAGGAGCAAAAACUGUUCUUAGUUGAUGGCUCUGUGCAAGUAAUAUGAUUGAUAUUGUAAUAUGAAAAAAUCUAAAAAUGUGCCUUUAACCAGUGUCUCUGUUUCCACUCUAGAAGAGUUGACUUUUGGUUCCUUUAGGGUCCAUAACCAAAACUGAGAUUUAUUCAGCUUGUUUCAUGCCUAACUUUGAUGGAUCAUAACAGAACAUUUUAGAAUAGAAGCACGCCAAAAAAACAAGCUUCCUUUCUAUUUACCACAGUUACUUCACCAGUGCUGCUCUGAAAAAGCAUUAAAGCUACUGGACCAAUACCAACUUCCCCCCGGAAAAGAGCUCACGUGGUCAAAAUGCUACGUAAGCAAAAAGCACAACCUUUCUAUUAUUAUGAUUAUUACACAGCUAUUAUUAGCUAGGAAUCUCUGUCAGUACGUGGGUACGACCUUUGACUUUCUUAAAGCCCCUUCAACUUUUAUCUAUAUUAGGUUUGGCGGUUGUACCGUUGGGCACCCAAGGACAUGCGGUGUCAAAUAUGGAGACACGCGCUACAUUUGUUCCUAAUGAACUUCUAAUAAACAAUUUAAACAUUUGACUCUUUUCUCGGUUGAAUGCGGCUGCUGGUGAUCCAACGUGAUUUCUUUGCACUUGGCAUUUCUAGUAUCAAAAGAUACCAACCUUGUUUUUAUAAACUGACUAGAAAUCUUUACAUACACACAAGGGCAACAUUUGUGCAAAUUACGAUUCUUCGUGAUAAGACGAAGGAGAACAAAUAGUACAGAAAUUUCAUUAAUAGACCAAUUUUCAUCCCAUUUCUUUUAACCGUGCAACAGAACUCGGCCCGACCUGUCACAGGUCUAUCUGGUGAAUGGUUCGAUGAAAUGGUUCAAAAACUCCACCUUCUGUGAACUACCAAUGAUCCAUUCUGCGGUGUUUCUCCAACACCCAACCUGGCAUAGUUUCUGCGUGUGCACAGGCAGUUACGGCUGCAGAAAAUAGCCUGCUUAAGCACUGCAGUCAGAGGCCCAAUUACCAACAAGCAGCUACUCUCACUGUGUCUUCUCCUAGUAGUUCAUUGAGGAGUAAAAAGUGCAUUAACAAAACUGUGAAUAGGAGGCAUGAUAACAAUAGCGAGACAAAAAACGGCGCUACAUACAUCGAUAAUCCACAAGAGCCACAACCAAAGAAUCGGAUGUAAUAAUGGACACGGUCGUCAGAACAGUUGAAGUCUUUUGGAUUUUUGCCACUUCGGGCAUCUUUGUUGUUGAUCUUCAAUGGUGUGGUGUAACGUGAAUGCGUUCGCGAGUUGUGGCAGCAAUAUUGUUGUUGUUGUUUUUUUCACUAUAUAUUUGUUUGCCCUGCCUGGCAAGCAUGAUGACUAUUUACGUAUCCCAACAGGGAAAAUCAGUUGCUCUACAUGUGCUGUUUAGAUUUGCAUUGGAAAUUGUAUCGUGGCAGCUUCGUUGUCAAGGACAAAGGAUGUUUGUGCCACAGUGGGUUGUAAUUUACAGUUUUCAUUUAUUUGAAUAUGCUACUGGCAUCAGAAGACUGUGCAAAAAGAUUUAUUUGAGAGAAAUGGGACUAAACAUGUGUUUCAGACUACCGUCUGACCAUUUAUUAUUGUAUUGUUGUUCUUUCUGCCUUUCUCUUGCUGUGUAACUAGAUGUAACUUUGUCGUUUGGCACUUAUGUGUUGUUUUUACUUUUUCUACUAUGAGGAUUUUGUAUUUUGUUCUAAAGCCCUCUAAUUUUUGUUCAAAUAUCCAUCCGUCAUUUCAGCCACUUUUGUGAAAACCUGUUUGAGAAAUGUAUUAGAGAAGCAAAAAAACUUCUCUGUUCUGCUGCAUACUCAAACAAACCAGUAUUUACCUUUAACAUACCGUGAAACUGCUUGUAAAAUACUAAAUAUAUCCGCAGCCUCAUCAGUAUUUUGGCAUUAUGCACUAUUACAUAGUAUGCAGGUGUUUAACCAGCAAUCAAAUAUUUAAGUUUGUGUUGCUGUACACGUCACAAUCACUGCUUUUGUCUCAAGCUCAUGGCAUUUUAUUUAAAUUCAGUCAAUGGUUUUUAUCAUCAUCGCAAUUGUCGACCUCAUGAGGUCACCGACAAAAGCCUUUGUGAAUCACCGUAGUCAGCAGGAUUCAUCCUACUCUGUAUUAUUAAUUAUACUACGCUAUCGUGCCGUAUCUAUUUUUCGGGGGGUUUUCAUGUCCACGCACACAUGAAUUGUUAAUGUGUGUAUCCGAUUGUGUGCAGCAAUCUGCAGCGUGUUAAUAUUCAAUGUGUCCCCUAUCUGUGUUUUCUUGUAUACCUGUUCCUUUUUUUCCUGUGUGAUGGUCAAUAAAUAAAUGAUGAAAGGCU